CUCUUUCCCCACCCAUCCUUCAAGCUCCUCCUUCGACAUCGCCUUACUCCCGGUUUCCUUUGCGCUGCGCGCCUGCGCCAAUUUCCAGCGGGUGCGGGACCCGUGAGUCGGGGAGGGGUGUGCGCGCGCGCCCUCGCCCCUGUUGCGCGCGCGGUGUCACCUUGGGCGCGAGCGGGGCCGCGCGCGCACGGGACCGGGAGUCGAGGGAGCAUUGAGUGGAGAUGGCGGCCGCGGCGAGUCCCGGGGCCAGCGUGAUGGACGGGAAGCCCCGUACCUCCCCUAAGUCUGUCAAGUUCCUGUUUGGGGGCCUGGCCGGGAUGGGAGCUACGGUUUUCGUGCAGCCCUUGGACCUGGUGAAGAACCGGAUGCAGCUGAGCGGGGAAGGAGCAAAGACGAAGGAGUACAAAACCAGCUUCCAUGCCCUCAGCAGCAUCCUGAAGGCAGAAGGACUGAGAGGCAUUUACACCGGGCUAUCAGCUGGCCUGCUUCGCCAGGCCACCUACACCACCACUCGCCUUGGCAUCUACACCGUGCUUUUUGAGCGCCUGACCGGGGCGGAUGGCACACCCCCUGGAUUUCUGCUGAAGGCCGUGAUUGGCAUGACUGCAGGUGCAACUGGUGCCUUUGUGGGCACACCAGCCGAGGUGGCUCUCAUCCGCAUGACUGCUGAUGGCAGGCUUCCGCCUGACCGGCGCCGUGGCUACAAAAACGUGUUCAAUGCCCUGAUUCGAAUCGCCCGGGAGGAGGGGGUCCUCACGCUGUGGCGGGGCUGCGUCCCUACCAUGGCCCGGGCUGUUGUCGUCAAUGCUGCCCAGCUUGCCUCCUACUCCCAAUCCAAGCAGUUCUUGCUGGACUCAGGGUACUUCUCUGACAACAUCCUGUGCCACUUCUGUGCCAGCAUGAUUAGCGGCCUCGUCACUACUGCUGCCUCCAUGCCCGUGGACAUUGUCAAGACUCGGAUCCAAAACAUGCGAACGAUUGACGGGAAACCGGAAUACAAGAACGGGCUGGAUGUGCUGGUGAAGGUCAUCCGCUACGAGGGUUUCUUCAGCCUGUGGAAGGGUUUCACGCCGUACUAUGCCCGCCUGGGUCCCCACACUGUCCUCACCUUCAUCUUCUUGGAGCAGAUGAACAAGGCCUACAAGCGGCUCUUCCUCAGUGGCUGAGGAACUCGCAUAGUUGAUCUGCCCCCGAGGGAUCUGGACUCUGCUGCCCUGGGCCCCUGUAUUUAUUUUCCUCCACAGUGUGUGGUUUGUUCUUUUGCCAUAAAGGACUUUGGUCUGUUCUACCCCUGCUCCACUUUGCCCUGCUUGUCCUGAUCCUCAUGACCUCUCUGAGGAUAUCUUGCUUCCUCUUGGGUAUUAGUUUCAGGACAGCAGAAGGCGUCCUUCUCGGUGGAGAUGCCUAGGCGGAGCUGAGGGGACAGGAGAGAGCAGAAGCUACCCACAGUGGUCAGAGGGGUCGCAGUGGGAAGAUGUGGCCCUCCCUCCUUCCAUCUCAUUGAGGGCUUAUUCAAUAAACUGGAUUGAUGAUACCACCCCCAAAUCUGGAGCAUUGUAGGGGCCAGGAGGGGGAGGAGACUGGACAGGGAAGCUGGUGCCUCUGGAGAACAGGAACUGGAGUUUUUCAGAAAAACCAUUAAAGAAAAAGCACCUGCUGGUAUUAUGCAAAUGCUGUGUAAAUCAGCCAGGUCACAGAAGCUGAUAGGGUGAGGAAACUGAAACCUACAGGCACUAUGUGAUGCUUCCCAGCUUUUUGCGCAAGAAUGUGGCAGACAAGUUCAAGUCAUCUCACUUAAUCCCUGCAAAAGUCUCUGGGGUCUGAUGUCUGUUUCUGCAGCCUAACGGGGGAGGGAGUAAUGAGACUGAGAGGGGAACAGAAUUUUGAGGGUUGGAGCCUUUGGAGGAUGAGGGGAUAGGGCUUGGGGUGAGCAUAGGAGCCAGGCUCCCACAGCCUGGAGGCUUGAGGA